UUCAUUUGACAGACAAGGACACGGAAGGACAAAGGUGAGGCGACUUGCCCAAGGUCCCUUAGCCAGAUAUUUGAGAUUCCGAGACUCAUCUCUAGCCCUGCUGGAGGAUGCUACUUGAGCAGGACGAGAUCUCACAUCUCUGAAGAGCCUCCUCUCGCCAGGUGGGCAGAAUGCUCGGAAGAGCCAGAGUUUGAGCCACAGAUUGGACUGCAGCUGACUAUGGAGAGCAGAGGUCCACCAGCCGCCUCAUACUGGCUGCUGCUGCUGCUGCUGCUGCUGCUGCUGCCGCUGCUGCCACUGCCGCCUUACAUCCACCAGGGAUGGGCCUUGGGGCAGAGUCUCUCCACCCAGAGGUCUCAAGACCCUCCUGCUAAGUACCUCAGCAGUGGCCCAGGACAAGAACCUGUUGCUGUCAUGACCUUUGACUUCACCGAGACCACCAAAACCUCCUCCUCCUUUGAGUUUCGUACCUGGGAUCCAGAGGGAGUGAUAUUUUAUGGGGACACCAAUGCUGAGGAGGACUGGUUCAUGCUGGGACUUCGGGAUGGCAGGCUUGAGAUUCAACUACACAAUCACUGGGCCCAACUUACCGUGGGUGCUGGACCUCGGGUGGAUGACGGGAGAUGGCACCAGGUGGAGGUGAAGAUCGCUGGGGACUCGGUGCUGCUGUGGGUGGAUGGGGACGAGAUGCUGCGCCUGAGACAGGUGUAUGGGUCCCUGGUCGACAAACCACAGCCCCUCAUGAGGAUUGCGCUUGGGGGGCUGCCCUUCCCUGCCUCCAAACUUUUGUUGCCGCUGGCCCCUGCCCUGGAUGGCUGCCUGCGCCGGGAUAGUUGGCUGGGCCAGGAGGCUCAGCCCGCACUCUCUGCCUCCACUAGCCUCAGAAACUGUAGUGUGGAGUUGCAGCCUGGGCUGUUUUUCCCUCCAGGGGCACGUGCUGAAUUCAGUCUCCAAGACCUUCCUCGGCCUCACACAGAGCCCUGGGCCUUCUCUCUGGACCUGGGACUCAAGCUGGCAGCUGGAUCUGGCCACCUGCUUGCCCUUGGUGCACGAGAGAACUCUUCCUGGCUUAGCCUUCACCUCCAAGAUCAAAAUGUAGUGCUGACUUCUGGGGCAGGGCCGAGACUGGAGCUGCCCGUGGCCUUGGGACUCCCUCUUCAGCUGAAGCUGGCCGCAUCCACAGUGAUCCUGAGCCAGGGGCCAAAGACGGAGGUCUUUGCUAUGCCUGCAGAGGUCCUCGGCCCUCUCUUCAAGCUCUGGGCCCAGCCGCAGGGCCGCCUCUUCCUGGGCGCUUUACCAGGAGAAGACUCUUCUGCCUCCUUUUGCUUGGAUGGCCUUUGGGCACAAGGACAGAAACUGGACAUGGAUCGGGCCCUGAGCAGAAGCCAGGAUAUCUGGACUCAUAGCUGCCCCCAGAACUCAAGCAAUGACACUGAUCUUUCCAAUUAAAGCUCCUUUGAAUAUGA